ACGCUCAAUAAACGGCGCUAGUGUUUGUCAAGUGUCAUAGCCGUUCCCAUCGGCCCCGACAGUGUUGCGAGACUAAAAUCGGUGAUUUAAUUAGGAAUAACGUACCUCUUUUUUUUUUAGUAAAAUUGUGAAACUUUAAGCAAUAAUGACCGACAAGAAAGCGUAUCCGGUGGCCCCGCACCCACCGACCGGCUUUGUGCCCGCGCCAACGCAACCCCCAACCUACGGUGUUGCAGGCGCCGCACCCUACGGAGUAUUUCCCAAUCAACCUCAAUUAUAUGCGACGCAAGGUCCACCGCCGCCGACAUAUGACCAGACUCUUACGCAUCCUAUGAUGUAUCAGCCAAUGUACGGACAAGGAUAUCCUUUGCAAUAUUAUCCACCGGGAUAUCCAUUGCAGUAUUAUCCGCCAUUAACUGCGACAACGGCAUAUUAUCCCGCUAUGCAGCCUGCUCCCGUAAGGCCCACUAUUAUGGUACCUAAUGGCUUCGACGGUACCCGCUUCGAUGGCAUCUCGCAGCCGGUGCUGCCACCACCACCACCCGGAGUGGCCGCGAAUGCUGCACAACUGGCCGCGAUGGCCGGCCAUAGCGUAGCCCUGUCGCAAAAGAAGGGUUCGUUCCUGGGAGGGGGAACGGAGGGCGGUUAUACCUUUUGGUAAAUCGUCGAAGCACCCUUCGUGUAACAUACAUACAUGGAGACACACCAUGUAUACUCAUAAUAAACACACUACAUAACUGUUGGGAGCGCUGUGUUGUCGAGAUGACGAGGUUACGUUAGGCAACUUCUAAUAGAACUCUGCUUUUUUUAGGCCGUUGCACAUGAACAAGUUUUAGUCGCGUAAUCGCCGUAAAAUAAAACAAGAAAAAAAAAACAAAACUGAUCAACAGUCAAACACUCUACAUGACGCGUGAAAAAGUUUUAACCGCAAUUGUAAUGCGUGGUCUACAAUGGCAGCAAGAGUACAGAGUACAAGAGUAAGCAGUAAGCAGUACGAAAUAGGAUUUGCUCAUUUCGUUACUUCCGACGAAAUGAGCGAAUCCUAUUUCGUACUUCUUACUCUUGUACUCUGUACUGUUGCUGCCAUUGUAGACCCCGUAUAAGAUUACAGAUAAAUCGACCAUUUAUAGUUGAGUAUUCUCGCCCAUGCAGCAGACUGACUGUCAAUCUGUCAAUCUACUUGGGCACUAUGUAGUAAAAAUGCUAGAUUGGUCGAGUUUCUUACGGUCUUGCAGGUGUGAUUACAAUUUUUUCACGUAUUAUGGCCUUUAUUAUUACAUACAUAUAUACAUUUGGUGAGAAUGCUUGACUGUGAUUGGUCGAUUACGACCUUAUAUAGUUAUGACUAAAAUUUUUUUACAUGCAAUAGCUCUUUCUCAUCGCUAUUGGAGACAACACACACACAUACACUCUACAUUUCAUCGAUAUUUAUUAAUAUUGAUACAACAUUGUGGGCAGAUUGUACACACACACAUUUAAUAUAAACAGCAACUGUGAGAGUUCUCACACGAUUCACCUACGGCAAGAUUUAUGAUCGAUAGAAGCAAUCCAAUGAUCUCAAGGACAUCUUCGCCGUCUUGGUGAUCGAUUUGCGCAUUUCAUGUACUGUUGAACUUGAAAAGAAAUCGUCUUGGCCGAGAAAAACUUGGACGCGACGAGAAACUCGUUGAACAUCCUCGAAAAAGAGUUUUUUUAACUCAUUUUUCCUUGAAAAUCGGAAUGGCAAGCAGCGUUACACGAGUUUUCGAGGAUCCAACAAUCCUUCAAAGUUUCGAGCCCAAGAAUCCGACAAUUAAGAAAAAAAAUAGCUCAUACUAUACCGAAUAUUGUAGAUCCGCGAUAAAGAAAAUUUAAAUUCAGAAUUUCUGCAAUUAAACUUUUUUUUAAUUCAGAAAAUGUAAAAGCUAUAAUUUACUGAUAUAAUCAAAUCGGAAGAAUCACGAAAAGUAUUUAGAUCCAGAAUUUUAAGAACUCAGAGUUUUAGGAACUUUAGAAUUUCAAUGUUUCGAAAAAAAUGUUUUUUUAGCUGAACUGGAACGGAAUAAAGAAUAAGAUUAAAAAAAAAGAGAAAAAAAAGAAAUGUAUAUGUAUGUGUGUGCGCAAGAAGUUCAGCUAAAAAGAACAAAAAUCUAUACAGUUGAAGAUCUGAAUUUUCACAUCUAAAGUUUUAAGGACAUUAAGGACACACAAUCUGAAUGAAUUUUGUUUAAGGAAAAAAUAAAGCGAUAACUGAAACACUGGUCAACACUAAUUUAUUACCAAUUAGAUCUUAGGAUAACUUUAGGUGCCUUCCAUUUAGUGACGCAAGUCGACACAAAUCUAAAGUCUGCUCUUUUUAGUUUCCGUAGUUCACAGUUUAUCUUUUUUCUUCUAAUAUAGAGUAAAAGAGAUCAACUUUGCACUGAUGUAGCUAAAAAGAACAAACGUUAGAUUUGUGUUGAUUUGUCUCACUAAAUAGAAAAUACUUUUGUUGCUGAUUCCGAAUAUUGGUUUUCCUAGCUUGGCUCUACUUUUUAAUGGGUAUCCUAUGAAAAAUAAAAAAUAUAAUGAUCAGGUGUAACCUAAAUCAUGUGGAAACUGUUUCAAAUCGUUAAAAAAAAAAUAUAUAUAUAAAAUAUCUAAUGGCUUUAUAUUCAAUAAAAUAAACAAAGUAACCUGAUUCAGAAAAUCACAAUUUACAUAGAAAAAUGCUGUAAUGUUAAAGAAUAAAAAGACAUAAACUGUAUGGUGUAAAAUCGUAUUAAUCCAUUAUUAGAGCCAAUGUGGCAAAACUGUUUGUCAUUUUUGGAUUCAGCAUCUUCAAAUACCCUAAAAUUCGUUCAAACAUCCUUGACAAUUAAACAAAAGUUAAUUUUUGUUGAUCAGUGAAACUUAUGAUCUUGAUUUUCUCAUUGGGUUUUCAUGGAUUUAAAAUAUUCAGGAUCGAAGCAGUUUAUAUUAGUAAUUUCUAUUAAUUCAAGGAUUAAAGAAAUAUUAGAUUUAGAUAAAACUUCUUAUAUACUUAAUUAUUAAUUAAAAAUCGAACGAGGCGAAAUAAAAACCCAUGGUCAUAAAUUUUUGACAACCUUGUCUUUUAGUAAAAUCCAUAACAAAGGGGAUCCACAGAGAUGUCAGAGGACUCGAAGGCUCGAAGCACAGUCGUUGUGUCUUUCUUACGAAAAAGAUAUUGCGAGAAUGUUAUUUUACGAAGAACUAAUUAGUUAGGCCAGGAAAAAAUGGACUGAUCUGAUGCCAUUGAUGAGAAUGCGAUUCGUGUCGUUUGCGCUCAUCAAAAGCAGAUGAAGAAGCCCAAGUAGCAAACUGACGUCAUUUUGACAUCUGAUGACGCCAUUUUGAUGUCUGACGUCAUUAUUUUGACGUCUAUGACGUCAUUCGAUGUCUAAUGACAUUUUGAUGUAUGAUGACGUUAUUCGAUGUUAAAGUGACGUAUACUUGCUACUUGGGAGGAAAGAAUCAAGAAUAGAGAGUGCAUGAACCCAAUGUCGACUAUUGUAGGAAUUCACGUGACAUAUUGUGUUGAUAUUUAUAUUUAAAUUAUUGUUAUUUAAACAAUUUAUUUGCAGACCCUCUUUUAGAGACAGAAUCCAUCAGUGCGAUAUGUUUCAAUAAUUAAUUUUGUAUCUGGAGAGAUUGUGAGCGAAAAGAGUGGGAUAGGAGAGAAAAGGAGGGAAGAAAAAGAGUGAGUGAGAGAAUGCGAGACAGACAAAGAAAGUGGAAUGAGUUUUGUUAUCAUGAAAGUGUGCAAUAAGCGUAAAUCUGUUGUAAUAAUAAAAGAAAAAAAACGAUAUUAAUUGAAACUGUGCACUUGUUAUUAGGUUGAAUAAAUGAGUGAGAGAAAAAGAAUAUAGAAAACAGAAUAUAUGCAAGUGAAUGAGUGAAUAAAAGUGUGAGUGAGUGAGAGAAACAAUAGUGAAUGAAAGAAAACAAAUGAAAAUGUAUCACUGCGCAAUGAUCAAUUGUACCAGUUAAUAAAUGCUAUGAUCAUGAAAUUCGUUAA